AAAAACCUCUUGCCAUGACAAACUGGAGCAAAAACAAACACAGCAGAAAUGAAUAAUAAAGCAUUUCUCCUUCUUCUCUCUCUCGUCCUCCCUCUCUAUGUGAUUGCUGUGGCACGUGUAGGCGGUUGGAGUCCCAUCAGCGAUGUUACAGACCCUCUCGUCGUAGAGAUUGGUGUAUUCGCCGUCUCCGAGUACAACAAACAGAGCAAGUCAGGACUCAAGUUCGUGACGGUUGUUAGUGGCGAGUCUCAAGUAGUGGCAGGGACUAAUUACCGGCUUCUUCUGACGGUGGAUGGUGGUACGAGACCAUUGUAUGGGAGCAGCCGUGGCUGAAAUCGAUGAAUCUCACUUCCUUUAAGCCCGCCAUGUAAUAGAUCUUAUAAAACUGUAAAAACUGGAAUUAAUGUAGUUUCUGUAGUACUAUCUGUUUUUUAAGUUUCAAGUUGUUAUGGUAAAGAAAGUGUGUGAGGCAGAUGAAGAAAUGGUAGUUUAAUUUAUUGAACAAGUUGGUUGACACAU